AUGCCUCCUCGAGCAAUAAAAGCACCUACGCUCGACUCCCUCCUUCCUCCCAUUCUCUCUCAACUUCCAGAUGCCUAUUCAGCUCACCAAAAAUGUCUGACAACGACAGCACGUCUCGUUCAUUCCAAUCAUCACACAAUCGCUAUAGAGAUCCUGUUCGCUACGAGUAAGGAAUUGUUGAAAAUCGGUGAAGGAUCAAGUGGUGUAGAAUUGGGUGUAAGGAUGAUUAACGUGAUGAGUGAAUGUAAUAUAUCUGUUGAUGAGAAAUCAAGAGCUUCAAUCACUCAAUUAUUGGCGCUCACAACACCCUCAGGACCAUGGAGGAAGAAACUCGCCGAUUCAGCUGUAAGGUGGUCUCAACAACAUGGUGAAUGUCCCACUGGUGAUCCCAAUUUACACCAAUAUAUCGGUGAAUUGUAUUAUAAAGACAGGGCAUUCCCUCUGGCUGAACAACAUCUCCUUGGUUCUGGCAAAAGAGAUGCAGCUUUGACAUUGGCUCAAAUGAUGUUUGAAUGGUCUGAAGAAGGUAAACUCGAUCCUGGACCUUAUGCUGUCCGGGGUACAUUACCUUUCUUAGCACAAACACCACCCUCAAUUCUUCCAGCAUUAACAUUUUUAACUCAAUUCCUAUCGUUGCUAUCUUCCUCAUCUUCAUCAUAUCAUAAAAACUUUAUAACUUCCUUACCAUCUCAAACGUCUUAUUCGUUAAAUGAAAUUCAUCUGACUACUUCGCCUACUCUGAAUUUCCUUCAAUUGGCUUUGAUAACCGUACAACGUGCACCUGCACCUGGCGUAAGUGGUAAUACCGCAAGAGGAAUGGACGGUGGUGUCCCAAGAGAAUGGGAUGCUUUGUGUAGAAGAUAUAGUAGGAAUAGUGGGGCGAAUGGUGUUAUAGCUCAAAAAGAAGUUCAAGAGAUCCUCAUGCAAAUCUCAACGGAAGUAUUCAAAGCCCCACCGCCCAGAGGUGCAGGUGGAAAUGACCUACUUCAGAAUCUCAUGGGAUCCUUAUUCGGUGGUGGUAGUGGCGGCGGCGGUGGGGCAGGUGCCAUCGGUGGUAGAUAG